UCAAUCUUUACAUCCAUAUAUAUAAUAUUCCAUCAAGAAUUCAAGAAAAGAAAGAAAAAAUAAAUGGCAGCUGUAGCUGACGUGUGCAUGGGAGAGUUAGCAAAGCUAAGCGAAAAAGUCCGAGCAAGAAAUCUGUUCUCGUUGAAAUUCUCGAAAAGGGAAGCUACUCACAAAGUAGGAGAGACCAACGAGUCGAAAGAUGCUAAUGCCACCAGAUGCGAGGAUACUAUGGCGGAAACAACCGUUUUACUGCUCAUAGAUCGGUGGUGCGCCCCCUGUUAAGAAUUCAAGAAACUCGAUAAUAUUAUCGCUGAAUUGUUAGUUCAUGUAAUGAAAAAAUAUAUACCAAUGUAUGUAUAUCUUUGUGUAAGAAUGUUUCUCUAGUAUAUGUAAUAUAUGAAGAAGCUUUACUUUCAAUUUCAUUAAAAAUAGGGUAAAUUACAACCA